CACUUCGAUUCAACAUGGCUGAUGUAACAAUUUUAUUUAUAGAGCGGUUAUAAACGAGAAAAUACUGCUUCAAUUUUCAUCAUUCUAGUUUGAUAUGACUCGAAGAUAGCUCCUGUUAUUAUCGUUUUGUGGCUUGCUUUAAGAUUUUAAGCAUGACAACGCGUAGUGUGGCGAAAGAUUUUUACAAACUACAAAGGCACAUUUAUAGCUUCUCAAAUGGCGAAGCUAGGGUUGUUUCGUUUGAUGAUGAACUAACGAAAUUCGAAGUUGAGUUGAAUAUAAAAGACGGCUACUACAAGGAAGGUAUUUUUACUUUUGAAGUUCGUCUCACAGGAAAUUAUCCAGUCGAACCGCCAAUAGUAUCGUUCAAGUCUCAAAUUUAUCAUCCAAAUAUUGGUGAUGGGUAUGAAGACAGUGGUAUGGUUUGUUUAAAUUUGCUGGAAGAGGACUGGCAAGCGACGAAUGACUUGGAAGAUGUCGCCCAAGGAAUGCUGUUUUUGGUUAAGAAUCCAGCCUUGGAUGAUGCAUUAAACCCGUUAUUUUCUGACUUAUCUGAUGAUGUUGACGAUGAAUGUAUGGAGAGCUUUGCAAAACUAGUUCGACAAUCCCUUGAAGGAGGCGAGGUUGAAGGUAUAGUGUUCGAAAGAAAUCCUGGUCUUGUGCAAAAAGACAAAACCCUCGAAGAGUCGAACCCCCUGGAAAUUGCUCAAGAGGAACGUGAGAUGGCAUAUUCGACAAUUGACCGUGCGAAUCCAGCAUUAGCCCUUUCUGAGAACUUGCACUUCCCAAUUUGUAAAACUGCCAUGAACAUUUGUUCCAAAGAUGAACUCUACCGCUGUGGUCUUUUCUGGGUCUAUAAUAAUUUCACCAACUUUUCCACCAAUGGGAAAGCAGUUUCCAGGAGAGCUGCCUGUCCAAAGUGGCUUGCGAAAUUGGCUGUUUUAAUGUUCGACAGUACAACAAGUAAGAAAGAAAAUGUAAACAUUCUUUCAAGAAAAUUGCGGACUUUCCAAAGGUUUCCAUUCUUCAACAGGACAUUGACGUGGCACAAAUGAUGACUGUUAAGUAGGCAACUAUAUGAAUAUUGUGCCUCUCAGAUUGUAGACUAUUAAUUAGAUGGAUAACUAUUACAAAUCCCUAAAUGCACACAAAUCUUUGUGAUAAUAUGUCAGCAUGUUGUUCUGUGUAGGUAGCAUAUGCCAUGCAUGUAACACAGUAACAGCCCUUUUAAAAAUGAAAUUGGGUAAGGUUAUCCAUACACCUUGUUUCCGUUUGGGGGUGAGGGGGGGGGAGGGUGAAGAAAUUGUUUUUUCCCGAAAACAUGCAUAGUCCCAUGAAUGCCAGAGUUGUGGGGGCAUGGGGCAAAUUGAGAUGUUUUAAAAAAUUGUUACAUGUUCACGGCAUGAGCCCAACAUUGCAAAUCAAAAUACAUUUUUUAGGGGGAAAUUUACACAUCACUUUUCUCAUAGGUGUCAAUUUGAUUCCGAAAUCACUAAUUUUGGUGGUUUCGAAAAAUAUUGUUAACAGGGGAUACAUCCACCUCAAAAAUGUGCCCUACAAUCCACAAUUGCCCCCAGAGGAAAUUGAAAGGUAACCCCCCACCCCCUCUGGAAAAAUUAGUGUAUAGUUUCUAUGUUACCAGAAUGGAUUUUCUCCCCCUCAGAAUGGCAUAAAUUUUCUCAUGAGAAAAUACCAAUUUAUAUACAAUAAGUAGAACUAGUCUGCAAAUAACAGCCACCUGAUUGUCUUGUUUAUCAAGACAAUCGGGUGGCUGUAUAAUCACAGGCUAUAUUAGUAAGGUCCGUUGUAAAUACAAAUCAUUGGCUUAUCCGGAUGCUAGAUAAAUAUUUAUAUUGUGAUAAUUAAUGAAACCAAAAUUACUAUUUGUAAAAAAUAUAUUUUAUUGUAAAGUUUGUUUUAGAGAAGCACAAAAUGCCAAUUUUGUCAUCAUGGGCAGGGCAUAAUUGAUAUUUGGAAAUCAAAUAAUAUAUGAUAUCAAUGGAAAAUAAAAAUUGACUCAUUAAGUUGCAUCAUGCACCUUAAUUAAUGUGCCUUUAUUAUUUUACUCUUUUUAAGAGCCUUUCAACUAUUUUGCUCUUCAAGGGGUCCAGGUGAAUGGGAUAAUCAGACUGCCUGUCCAUGUAUCUUGUAAAUUACGCCAUUAAGUUGCAUUGCACCCUCUAAACUCAGUUUUUUAUUUACUCUUCCUAACGACUAUUUUAGUCUGUCUAACAAUUAUUUUACUCUGUCUAACACUCAACAAUUUUACUCUUCACAAAGAGAGUGAACAAGUUAAUUUGACUAUUUGCCCAAUGUCUAGUAAUGCCAUUAAUUAAAAAUGCAUUGCUUUAUUAUUUUACUCUGUUUAACGCCAGAUUAUUUUACUCUGUCUAAUCUAAAUUGCCAGACAAUUUUACUCUUCACGAAGAGAGUGAACAAGUUAAUCUGACUAUCUGCCCAUGUGUCUAGUAAUGCCAUUAAAAUGCAUUGCUUUAUUAUUUUACUCUGUUUAACGCCAGAUUAUUUUACUCUGUCUAAUCUAAUGCCAGACAAUUUUACUCUUCACAAGGAGAGUGAGCAAGACUUAAUCAGACUAUCUGUCCAUGAGUUCAUGCGUGGCACCCUAAUGCACCCUAGUUUAUUGUUUCACUCUGUCUAACAUCAAACUAUUUUACUCUGUCUAACACCAGACAAUUUUACUCUUCAAGGGGAGAGUGAACAAGUUAAACUAUCUGGCCAAUUGGGCCAUUGUGUCUACUAAUGCCAUUAAGUUGUAUUGCACCCUACUUUAUUGUUUUACUCUGUCUAUAACGCCAGAUUAUUUUACUCUGUCUAACGCCAGACAAUUUUACUCUAGGGGAGAGUGAACAAGUUAAUCAGAUUAUCUGUCCAUAUACAGUAUCUAGUAAUAUCAUUAAGAUGCAUUGCACCCUAUUUUAUUAUUUUACUCUGUCUUCCAGAUAGAUUUUAACGCCAGACAAUUUUACUCUUCAAGAGGCAGGGGCGGAAAUUCACUUUUUCCCGGGGGGGGGAGCAAAGCCUCCAAAAUUUCCGAC